UUCUAGGCUACGUGGUACUCUGAGGCGGACUUUCUGCGUAGAUCCAGGAACUGCUCCUUGAGACGGCAAGUUCCCCCAUGACUGAUAAGCAGUUGUCAGGAAAGCCAUCUGCUGUGUGUGGAUAAAUGGCAAAUCAGUAGCAGCAAGGGUCCAGCAAUCCAGGGAAUAUGAGUGCGACUUCAAGAAGAAAGUGGAAAUUAGCGAAUGCCGAAUGCAGACCAAACAAGUGGCACAGAUUUACAACUUGGGAGUCGUGGAUCUUGGGAUUCAGAAAUUAGUAGGCUACAGAACGAUAUUUCACCACAACAGAUUUGCUGCCUCGUUUACGAAACAGUUUCGUGUUACAUUUCAGAGUUUACAUAAUUGCCAUGGCGCGUUCCACAACUUUUGUUCUAAGUAAGCUCUAUGGACUGUACUGACACGCAGGCAUGCCUCCAAAGGUAGGAAGGAAGUUUAACAGCCUAAAGGAGUAGAAAUAGCCAUUCGGCAACUAAAUGUACCGUCAAAAUGAAGAUUAGAAAGUUCUUUCGUGGUAGUGGGAGGGUUCUGGCCUUCGUGUUCGUGGCGUCUGUGAUUUGGCUUCUUUUUGACAUGGCAGCAUUACGAUUAUCAAUCAAUGAUGUGAACAGUCAACUGUUAAAAGAACUCGUAGUAAAAGAAAGGGCGGCUAUGAAAAGACAGGCCACGAGCCGAACACAUGCACCCAAGAGAUUGUUCAAACACCCAGUGGAGAAAGUACCCGUUGACCUGGGAGACAUUGUUGAAAAUGCGAAGAGACUUGAUACAAAUGUUGCCAACGUGUAUCGUAGAAAACAGAAACCUGUAUUUAGGGAACGCACUGUUGCAGGAAACGCUGCAAAACCUAAACCUGACAGCGUGGAGAGAAGUGACAAAAAAGCAAUAGAAAAUAACGUGCUUGGCAGUUUACAAAGUGUGAAGCCUUUACGCAAAGACCCAUCUUUAAACUCUACCAAAACAGUAAAAGCCGCAGUGCUGGACAAGGCCAAACUUCCCAAGGCAGUGACUGAAGGUAUUAAAGACGUAGUAGCCAAAGACAUUGGCCAGAAGGCAAAAGUGCAAGACGUCAAGGACGCAGCGUUUACCAAAGCGCCACCCGCUGUCCAGGAAGAAGAACGGCGUGUAGUUCCAAAAGGAGCAGAGGACAAAGCUGUGAAAACAGGCAACAACAUGCCUGAGGAGAAAAGUAAAGAAAAUCUAAAAGACAUUUCAAACAAAAAAGCAAGUGAAGCUGCAAAAGCAGGUUUUCAGCAGCAUCCUAAAAAUGAUACAAAGUUAGAACCAAAGCCUGAUGUGCAGCAGGUGGCUGGAGUUCUAAGACAGGCUGACCAGAACUCUGAACUACUGAACAAAAACGACCCUCACCCAGUGAAAACACAAAUCCAGUUGACUCUUCCACCCAAGGUUCAAAAGGUGGAACCAAGUAAAGCCAAACCAACAGUCCCUGUUAAAAAGCCAGGAGCACUUCACAAAGUAAUGGCCUUGGACGUGACUGAGAAACCCAGAGAUGCACAGGCCAUGGGGCAGUUUGGACACGCAGCAGUAGUGCCAAAGGGCAAAGAGGCAGAAUCCCAAAGCCGCUGGAAUGAAGGUCACUUCAAUGUCUAUUUGAGUGAGCAGAUCCCUAUAGAUCGAUCCGUCCCCGACACCCGCCCUGCACUGUGCUCAGAGAAAAUGGUUCACGAUGAUCUGCCCACCACAAGUGUGAUCUUCUGCUUUGUGGAUGAGGUGUGGUCCACUCUGCUCAGGUCUGUGCACAGCGUGCUCAAUCGCUCUCCACCCCACCUCCUCAAGGAGAUCAUCCUAGUCGAUGACUGCAGCACCAAAGACAACCUGAAGGAGCCGUUGGAUAAGUACAUGGCCCAGUUCCCCAAGGUGCGGAUCAUCCGCCUGAAGGAAAGGCAGGGCUUGAUCAGAGCUCGCAUAGCAGGGGCGGCACAGGCCACUGGCGAGGUGUUAACUUUCCUGGACUCUCAUAUUGAGUGUAAUAUAGGCUGGCUGGAACCCCUGCUCGAGAGGGUGUACGUGGACCGACGGAAAGUUGCCUGUCCUGUUAUCGAAGUCAUUAGUGACAAAGAUAUGAGUUAUGUGCAGGUUGACAAUUUCCAAAGAGGCAUCUUCAAGUGGCCCUUGGUCUUUGGAUGGAAUACGCUCUCUGAAGAUAUCAUCAAGAAGAACCAAAUGAAAGACAGUGAUCCUCUACGGUGUCCGGUGAUGGCAGGAGGUCUGUUUUCCAUCGAUAAGAAGUACUUUUAUGAGCUGGGAACCUACGACCCUGGCCUAGAUGUGUGGGGUGGAGAAAAUAUGGAAAUUUCAUUCAAGAUCUGGAUGUGCGGAGGAGAGAUCGAGAUCAUCCCCUGCUCCAGGGUGGGACACAUCUUCCGCGGCCAGAACCCUUACAAGUUCCCCAAGGACAGGCAGAAGACGGUGGAGAGGAACCUGGCACGUGUGGCCGAGGUCUGGCUGGACGAGUACAAGGAGCUCUUCUACGGCCACGGCUACCACCACCUGCUCGACAAGACCGUCAUCGACGUGGGUAACCUGACGGAGCAGAUCCAGCUGCGACAGAGGCUCAAGUGCAAGAGCUUCAAGUGGUACCUGGAGAACAUCUACCCCGACAUGGAGGCGCCCGUGGUCAAAGCGGAGGGAAUAGUUUUUAAUCCUGGAACUAGAAAAUGCCUAGCCUUACAGAACACAACACUUGUGUUUGCAACCUGCGAUCUUAGCAAUCAGAACCAGCACUUUAGCUACACCUGGCUGCGGCUGAUCAAGCAGCAGGGCCUGUGUGUGGUGCCUCAUGGGCUGGCCAACCGCGUCUCUGUGGAGCCCUGUGAUCCAGUCAACGCCAACCAGCGAUGGAUGCUCAAUACCAACAAAGUUAUGGCCGAGCACAUCAUUGUGGAGAGCAGUGCCCGCCGUCUGUGUCUUGAAGCGGGUCCCAAAGGUGACGGCAUCUAUGUGAAGGACUGUUUCUCUGGCAAUGAGCAUCAGAGGUGGCAGUUCACCAAUGUCUAUGCACAGUGACUCUGAGAAUUGCACUACUGUAUACCAUAUGUAGUAAGACACAGACUUGUGGAUCAUUAUUGCCACUUCCAUUCACAGAUAAUGUUUUUCUUUUUCUUUUCUCGGUUCUCUUGUUGUUAUUUUUUUUUCCUCUGGAGCCUUUUUUCCUCUGGUUUACCAAAGGGCUCUUCUUAAAUGUCAGUGGGGUAUGCAUGCUGCUAGCGUAAUAACAUGGUGAGUGUAAUUUUGGGGGAAUGUGCCGUCCGCACGGUCUUCUGUUUUUCUUUCCUCUCUACUGCCAAAGUUGCUAUUCACAGCACACAGCGGUUUCAGUGACUGACUACCGAUUUUCUUUGUUUGUUUUUAAAGUUCUGGGGUUCAUUUCUCAAAAGAGAAGUUGUUAGCCUCUUAGCAACUUCGGUAGUUGCCAAUGGGAAAAUGCAUUGAAAACAUGGCCUAAUGUAGUAAGCAACUUUGGUUUUGAGAAAUGCACCCCUGGGUUGGGACUGAGGGACGAUAGUGUCCAGCUACCUUCUUCCACUUACUACUUUGAUAUUUUUCCGAAAUGAUUUACAGAUCUGUGGUAUCGAUUUUGUUCAUAGGCACUUCAUUUUUUUUACAACACAAACUGUAGGUUGUGAGUGUGUGUGAACAGCAAUAUUUUAUUACUUUUUUUAGUGUGGUCUCUCAGUAUAGCACAAUGCAAGCUCUAGGAAACGGUACUGGAACUUGUCUCCUCUGGAGUUCAUCUGUGAUAGCCAGCAAGCCUCAUACACUACUUACUUACUUACUGCUCAACCAAUGAAUCAGAAUGUUUACAAUGAGUAAAUAAGGUACUAUUACAGUAAGUAAUUAAGGUACUAUUACACUUUAGAAUUACUACCCCCAAAAAGUUUUACAAACACUUUAUUAACAUUUAAUAAUGAACAAAGCGUUUACAAAUGUUUGUAAAUGAGUAAGAACCAAACCAUGACUGCACAGUGGAGUGGGAAUCAACAUCUACUGUGUGAGUUUUACGUGUGUUUGCCUGACGAAUGCUUCUAUAUCCAGUGAUUCCAUGUCUUCUGGUCUUUGGAGGAGAAACUUCCAAGAACGAUGCAACUAUGCUGUGUCUGCUGUGUUAACAUAGUAUUUCUUGCCCAUUUACAAAAAUAUGUAAAGGUUUUGUUGAUGAUUAGUUCAUUAUUUGUAAAGUGCUUUCAAGGCUUUUAGGGAUAGGUAUUCCAAAGUGUAACCAAAGGUUCUAGAAAGACUGGCCCUACGAAGCCACUGUGCCUUAAAAUUGCUCCAGUUGAUCUUCCAAUUGUUACAGUAUGACCUGCUAGACCAGUGGUACGGUAAUAUAGGGCCUAUACUACAAAGCUGGUUCAGGAUAAGUUUAGGUUAAGUUAAUAGGUAAAUCAUCUAAUAGAAGAGCCUGGAGUCCUCAUUUUCUUAAGAAAAGAUCUUGUAUUUGAUGAUUUACCUCUUAACUUAACCUUAACUUAUCCUGAACCAGCUUUGUAGUAUAGGCCCAUGGUGUGCAAAUAUAACCCAAAACUGUGAUGAUGGUACAACACUCAAUGCAUUAAUUGUUUUUUUUUUUCAUGUUAAAAACCUGAGCUGACCUGAUUCCCCAAUUUGUGAUGAGCGACAUUGCAUUCAGUCAGCUCUACUGUACAGAAAGAUUUUUUUUAUUUUUUACAGGUUGUAGUAGAGCAAAACAUACACUAGAGGGAACUAUUGUAACUACUGAAGUAGCUGCCAGAAAUUAUUCUUGUGUGCUGUACAACAGUAUGUGUAUUGUUUUCUUUCACAAACCACAUAGCAAGAGUUAGUUCGUAUGUUUUGAUUUUUGAAGGGAAGAUGACAGUUUUUCACAUAUGAUAUGCUGUGUGCUUACCUUUUUUUAUUUGUGGUGAUCAUCGAGCAAUACAAUUGUGCAUUGUGUGUGCAAAAAUGUGUUUUAAUUGUAUGACUACAUGUUAAGGGUUUUCAUAAAUGGUUUGAGAUUUGUAAAUUUGA